AUGCUGAGCCGAAUUUCUGAGCGUUGCACUGCCGUCACCGGCCUUGAGCAGGUGCUGUGCCGUCAUGUGUGGAGCGCGGCGUGGCUACGUGAUGCCGAGCCGGCGGCGGCCGCCAGUCAGAGCAUCGAUCUCAGUUGUCUUAUGGAGCGCGCGGGCCUUGCCGCGUACGAUGUCUUUGCCAGCCUUUACGCUUCACAGCGACACUGGCUGAUUCUGGUGGGUUCAGGCAACAACGGAGGUGACGGGUACGUCAUCGCGCGGCACGCCCGCGAGGCUGGAAGGAAGGUGACGGUGCUGUCGAUGCCUCAUAGUAAACCGUUGCCGACGGAGGCGACAAAUGCUCAGCAUGCGUGGCAGGCGGUUGGAGGCACCGAGACUAUGAUUAACCCCGGCACGUCGCUGCACCUACCCACCGACGUCGACCUUGUUGUGGACGGCUUGCUUGGCACCGGGAUCUCUGGCCCCCCUCGUGAGCACUACGAGGAAGUUAUCCGGCACAUCAACGCUCUCCCUGUGCCGCGGGUGGCGAUCGACAUUCCCUCAGGCCUCAACGCCGAAACCGGUGAGGCUGCCGGCGCGUGCGUUAAGGCAGACCACACCGCCACCUUCAUCUGCCUGAAGCCUGGACUGCUCACGGGGCAGGCAAGAGACUAUGUCGGGCAGCUGCACUACCGCAGCCUCGGGUUGGAAGAGUGGAUGAUAGCGGCGGAGCGGAUGGAUGCCGCCUUGUGUCGCCGUGUGGCGCUGGGGGACGUCUACGGGUACUUCAGCACUCGGCGGUCGGCAGUAGCACACAAGGGCAGCUGUGGCAAGGUCGUCCUUAUCGGCGGAGAUCACGGCUUCGGGGGUGCCAUUCUUAUGUCGGCGGAGGCCUGCUUGACAAUUGGAGCUGGGCUCACCCGCGUGUUGACUCGCCCCGAGUACGUGGCGCCGCUGUUGACGCGCUGCCCGGAGGUGAUGGUGACCGCCGUGGAGACGGAGACGAGUGGGCAGCUGGAGCAGCAGAUGGUUGAGGCGUUCGAGUGGGCCUCUACGCUGGCGGUUGGGCCUGGGCUUGGCACCGGUGCGUAUGGCCAGGCAGCCUUAUCCGCUGCCCUGCAACAAGCUGAGAUGCAUCAGGACAAGACGCUAGUGCUGGACGCGGAUGCACUUAACCUCCUCGCAGAGCGUCUUCACAGCAAGGAGAUGGGUGCUGCUGUCGGGGCUGGCAAAUACCUGCCGGUACUGCCAAACAGCAUAAUCACCCCACACCCCGGUGAGGCGGCUCGUCUGUUAGCCUGCCGCGUAGCAGAUGUGGAGAAGGACCGCCUCGCGGCGGCUCGCCGUCUUGCCGCCAUUUUGGGUGGGACUUGCCUCCUCAAGGGCCCUGGCACAGUUGUACACUGUCAAAGCAGCGGGAAGACAGCAAUCGUGGAUGCCGGCAACGCUGGCAUGGCAAGCGGUGGCAUGGGUGAUGUGCUGACGGGGCUGCUGGCAGGCCUCGCUGCACAGCGAAUGAUGCACGACACCUUUGACACGACCUGCGCAGCCGCUCUCGUGCACGGGGUCGCUGCAGAUAUGGUGGCUGCCGAGGAUGGGCGUGGCACCCGCGGUAUUCGAGCGACCGAGCUGAUUCCCCGCAUACCCUUCAUCGUCAAUGCGUCCGUGCCAUCUUCUGCUACCCAGCAGCGACCAAGUGGACUGUGA